CCUCCUCAAAUUUCUUAGACAAGAUUUUUAACCAUGCAAAGUACUCAUAAUUCAAUCACAUACGUAACUUCUAGUGAAUUUGAAGAUGAACUUUCUACUGUCCUCUCUCUUGGUCCUCCUGGCCAAAUAAACCUUCAAAAAAAUAGUACUACUACAAAUUUUCAUGACUAUUUUUCAUCAUCUUCUUCUUCUAGUUUCCAGUUCCAAAGUUAUAAUAAUAAUAAUCAAGAAGGUGUCACUGUGGCUCUGCAUAUUGAUUCAUCAAGUACUACAAGUUCCAACAACAACAACAACAACCCUAGUAGAAAUAAUAAUAGUAAUAUUUCACUAGCAAAUGGACAAUAUUGGAUUCCAACUCCAGCACAAAUUCUUGUUGGACCUACUCAAUUUUCUUGUGCUGUUUGCAACAAAACUUUCAACAGAUUCAACAACAUGCAGAUGCAUAUGUGGGGGCAUGGAUCACAAUAUAGAAAGGGACCAGAUUCACUAAAAGGGACAAAACAAGCUUCAUCAUCAAUGUUAAGGUUGCCUUGUUAUUGUUGUGCUGAAGGUUGCAGGAACAACAUUGACUAUCCAAGAUCAAAGCCAUUGAAAGAUUUUAGGACUCUACAAACACAUUAUAAAAGAAAACAUGGUGCAAAACCAUUUAAUUGUAGAAAAUGUGGGAAGAAUUUUGCUGUUAGAGGAGAUUGGAGGACUCAUGAGAAAAAUUGUGGGAAAGUUUGGUUUUGUAUUUGUGGUUCUGAUUUUAAACAUAAGAGGUCACUCAAAGAUCAUGUUAAAGCUUUUGGUGAUGGACAUGCACCACAUAGUGAGAAUUCUUAUUAUCAUCAUGUUGAAGGAGACGACGACGAGGAAGAAGAUGACGAUGAUGAUGAAGAAGAACACGGAAAUAUGGGACUUUAAUUUAGAAACAUAAAAGGGCAGUUCAGUGCACAAAGCAUCUCGCAUUCAUGAAGAGUUCGAGAAAAUGUCUCAUCCCAAUUAGGAGUCUAAUAUAGGAGUAACUUUUUAAUUAGUAUGAGGGAUUUGAGUAGGGUAUUUUUGGGCUUAUUUUGC